UUUACAGUUUUACUUCUAUUAUGAAUUAAUCAAUGAUUCUUCUCUCUCAAUUGUCUAAUCUUGCUCAAGCCGCAUGGAGAUCUGCCGAAUACUUCCAUUUAUAGCCGAUAUUGUCGCUCUUUUCCCUAAUUCACCAUUCUCUUUCUCAUUUUAUUGUUUUGUUUCUCUUGUUUGAGAUUUUUUUCAUUUGUCGUCAAAUUUGAUUCCAAAAAAGAUACAGGACAGAUUCUUCCUAUAGGGUUUCUUUUGCGGUUGAGAUCAAGUGGAUAAGAAGCCGAGGUCUGAUCACAGAUCGGCACUCUAAUUGCAAGUUUCAGUUGAUAAUCCGUGGGAACUGAACAGCGUCUCAAUUAUAUCGAAAAGCAGCUCACAGUCGUAUUAGUAGGUGCUGCUAGCUUGGACUCGGCUUAUAUUUGCUGCAUUUCGUGUUUUUAGUUGUUGGAGAUUUUAAUUUGUGUUGGAUUUUUCAUGAGUGAAUUGUAGAGGGGUCCUCUGCUGGAUUUGGGGAGGAUCCCAAAGUAGUGCUGUUUUAUCGACAUUUAGCUGUGGAAAGAUAUCUCAGCAAUGCACACAAGGAGUUUUCGUAGCCUUCGGAAUCUCGAUUGAUUGAGUAGUGUUGGAGAAAGAGUUGCAGUUUGGUUUGGAUUGGAUAUUCCUAGACAGUCUAGAGCUACCAAUGCAAGGAAGCAUGCUUGGCGGUGCGAAUAGUGAGACGAACAAGCAUGGGACUGUAGUGAUGCCUACUCGAUUUGUCUGGCCUUAUGGGGGAAGAAGAGUGUUGCUUAGUGGCUCUUUCACCAGGUGGCAAGAUCACGUUCCUAUGUCGCCGAUGGAGGGUUGCCCCACCGUAUUUCAGGUUAUCUACCCCUUGACGCCCGGUCACCACCAGUACAAGUUUUUUGUUGAUGGUGAAUGGCGGCAUGAUGAACACCAACCAUAUGUAAGCGGAAAUUAUGGAGUGGUGAACACCAUUUUCUUAUCCAGAGAAUCUGAUACGAUUCCUCCAAUUUUGGGCUCUGAUACAGCUGGUAGGAUGGAAGUUGAUGGUGAUCCUUCUCCGCCGGAGGCGAUUUUGAGUGCAUCGCAGGCAGAAGUGGAUCUAUCUCGCGAUCGUGUGUCUGCAUUUUUGUCCUCACAUACUGCUUAUGAGUUGCUCCCGGAAUCUGGAAAGGUGAUCGCCUUGGAUGUAAAUUUACCAGUGAAACAGGCAUUUCACAUUCUUUAUGAACAGGGAAUUUCUGUUGCUCCUUUGUGGGACUUUUGCAAGAGUCAGUUUGUUGGAGUUCUCAGUGCAUCAGAUUUUAUUUUGAUACUCAGAGAGCUUGGGAAUCAUGGAUCUAACUUGACUGAGGAAGAACUUGAGACACAUACGAUAUCCGCCUGGAAAGAAGGGAAAGCGCAUCUUACUCAACAGAUUUCUGCAUCAUAUGAUUCAUAUUUGAAUCGUCUUGUCCGUGCUGGGGCUUACGAUUCGUUGAAGGAUGUUGCGCUGAAACUUCUGCAAUCUAAAUUCUCCACAGUUCCUAUUAUUCACUCCUCAUCACAGGAUGGGUCAUGUCCUCAUCUCCUACACCUCGCUUCCCUUUCUGGAAUACUUAAAUGCAUAUGCCGUCAUUUCAAGUAUUCUUCGAGCUCCUUGCCCAUUCUUCAGAAACCAAUAUGUUCAUUUCCUUUGGGUACUUGGGUUCCAAAAAUUGGGGAGACUAAUGGAAAGCCAAUUGCAAUGCUAAGACCAAAUGCCUUGUUAAGUGCUGCUCUUUCUUUGUUAAUCCAAGCUGAUGUUAGCUCCAUACCUAUCGUGGAUGAGAAUGAUUCUUUGGUGGAUAUAUAUUGCCGCAGGCCAUACAGCUGGGACAAGAUGCUACCUCUCCUCGUGGCCUCUUUAAUGGUCAGAGAUGUCAGAUGUGCUUAAGGUCUGAUCCUUUGCACAAAGUGAUGGAGCGACUGUCUGUUCCUGGGGUGAGAAGAGUCAUAAUAGUGGAAGCUGGGAGUAAGCGCGUUGAAGGUAUCAUUUCACUGAGUGACGUGUUCAGAUUCUUGCUUGGCUAGAUGAGAAGGGGUCUGCCUGUUCAUUAUGCUCCCACAAAAUGAGGAAAAAAUUAUGUGUAAAUUAGGACGAUUUCACUUGAUUUUUCACUAUAUAUUGACUUUUUAGUUGUCCA